CCGGAAGGCCACCGAGCAGCGCAUGCCGCCAUGUCGCUGCUUCGCCUGCUCGGCGUCCUGUGGCAGCAAACUCCACUUGGCCUUCUGAGAAGUAGGACUGGGAAAAAAUUGCCUGUGGUGACCCUGAAUAUGCGCCUUUAUUGGGAUCAGAAGGAAAAGCGGUUCCAACCCAUUGGUCGUUAUCCCAUUCCCUACAAGAAAGACCUGCCUUUUGACAUGGUAGAGCUCAUGGAGGAGGUAGAAAAGACGAUAGGAUUUUUACCAAAUACAUUUAAAGUGCUAUCUUACAGACCAGUGGAAUUCAGGGCUUUCUUUGCUUAUUACAAUGCUAUCAUCAACAAAGAAACAGGUAAGCUCAGCAGAGCUGACAAGGAACUUAUUAUUAUAGUGACCAGCCUGGCCAACAAUUGCCUAUACAGUGUGAUAGUCCAUAGUGCCAAGCACAGGGUCUUCUCAAAGAACCCAGAGCUUUCUGAUCAGGUAUGUGUCAAUUGGAGAAAGUCCAACCUCCCUGCUCGGGAAAAAGCAAUGCUAGAGUUUGCACUUGCUGUUUCCCAAGGUGAUGACAUAACAGAUGACCAUUUCACAAAGCUGGAGGCGCAUGGCUUCAAUCGAGAAGAUGCCUGGGACAUAGCUUCCAUUUCAGCUUUUUAUGCCAUGGUCAACCGCUUUGUUAAUUUUGUCAAUCUCAUUCCCAACAAAGAAUUCUAUUCGAUGGGAAGAACCAACAAUUCUAAUAGCAUGCUCAGUGAUCUCACUGGCCCCUGACAGGAGCAGUAACAGGAAAGGCCAGUGUUUAUUAUUUCAG